AUGGUCACGGACCCAUUUUCGUUGACCUGCUCUCGCCACCCCGUGUGGUCGGAACCAAGUGAAGAGCUUUCUCAAUUUCAUUAUGGAUACGACAGGCAAUUUCACACACCCCUAGGACCUCUAGGUCCAGAUCAAGAAACCAAGGGAGAGCUGAGUAUAUGGUCACGCGCCAGAGCGAGCUCCUUCGCAAAUUCGUUCCACAUGUCGAUACUCUGGAUCUUCUGCAGAAUUCGUGGAAUCGAGCAUCGACCUAAUAUGUUCCACAGUGUGAUAAUGCCGUUGGGUUUCGGAGUAGGCGGCUACGAGUAUGGCGCUCCAUUUAUCAAGAGCUUCCUGGCGUCGCCCAGCCGGGUAGCCAUGGUGUUGGAUUCAGGCGGAGUUCAACUUGACCCCAACCACGUGAACCUACGCAACCCGCGUUGUCGGGCAAUCCGCUCUCAACAUACCAUGAAUUGGCCCGACGAUCAAAGAAACGCGAGAAAACCUCGUUAUAGCGCGGAGACAGGUUCCAGGCUCCUUGAGAAGAAGAAUAAUGAUCUCGGAAAUCUACAAAACGAAAUCUUGAAGCUAAAGGAGCGUGUUGAUACCAUCACUCAAGAGCGCGAUGAUGUGACCAAUAAGGAACUUGUACGGGAGAAAAUGUCUCGUGUCAAUCUCGAGAAAGAGCUCCAAUCAGCAUCGGACUCGUGCAAGCGCAAGGAUCUAGAACAUCGUCAACUGCAACAUCAACUUGAAGAUAUGUCGUCGAAACACAAUGAUGUUGACCAAAGAAACAAGAUGAGCUCCUUAGAGCGAAGAGUUCAGGCCUUACAACUAGAAAAUGCUCGUCUAAGUGGUCUGGUUGAACGGCCUAUCUCACGAAAUUCCUCGAUCCCGGUUCCCAAGGGACGCCAACCACGAGCUUCCUCUGAAGUACGAUCAUCUCAUCUCGAGGACGAGAUCAAGUCAUAUCGGGUAGAACUCGCAGAGGAGAAAUCAAAGGUGAAGAGAGCAGAGGCUAAAAUGCGAAAAGCAGAAGCCGACGCGACACAAUAUCUAAAUGAGAAGAUAGCCGGGGAACGAAAAGCACAACAACGGAUCGACGAACUCGAGAGCGAGCUACAGGAGGCAAGGGACCAACUAAGUUCCCUUCCAAUACUCUCUCAGCCGGAUCGAGAAAACAGCGUCGACAUUGCACAAUACGAAAAGGUCCUCAAGGAUUAUCGAAGUGCGGAGGAGCAACUUCAGGCUGCCAAGGUGGAUAAUAUCGACCUGACUAACCGUCUAAAUAGGAAAUCUGCCCAAUGCGAGACGUUACAAGAGAAGCUUGAUGAAUACAUGUAUUCGGCCCCUGAUGUCGAGUCCUUGAGUCAAGAAUUGGCUAUUGCCAAGAAGGAAGCAUCCGAUGCACUAAAGGAACUUGCCCUUUUGAAAGAGAGCAAAGGGAGCAAUUCUAGUCGUCGGGAGACUCUGCUCGCUGUACGUUAUGAACUAGAGGACCGGGGUCGUGAGCUGCGAGCACUUCAAGAGAAGUUGCGUCGACGAGAGUCGUCCAGUGCCGAACUGGAGGCACAGCUGGAACAAGUCGGCCGUUUAUUCAGCGAACGAGAGGAUCUUAAGGACGAGCUUUCAAAGGCUAACUCCCGUAUACGAUUCCUAGAACCUCAAUCACAGUUCAAUCAGAAGGAAAUUGCACUGCUCCGUUCUCAAGUUGCGGAGCUAGAAAUUGAGCUUAGAAAGCAACGAAGUCUCAACUCUCAGCAGCAGGAACUGUAUCACGAGAUCGUCAAGUCGUGCUCCGAAGCCGAGAGAAGAGCAGAAGAACUUGAUCGAGAGCUUUCUAAUCUUCAGGAGGAGUUUGCGAACCGUUCAUCUGCUGAUGAAGCCAUAGAAAGGCGCCAGCAAUGGGAAGAAGCGCUUGAGCGGGUCCAGGAGCUUGAAAGGGAACUCGCUGGACAUAAAGACAAGAGUCGACGGGCUCCCAGAAGGUCACGACCUUCCCUUCUACCUGUUCCCAACUUUGGCGAUCCAUCAGAGUUGGACAUGGUGGCGAAAGUUGUGCUUGCGCUUGAUCGAAUCCGAGAAGAGAGGAAUGCCCUUCGGGGAAGCGUAGAGUUCCUCACCUUCGAACUUCAAGCCAAAGAUGCAGCUAUCGAACGUCGCUUGGAGAACCAGAAAUCUCGGUUCUUGCACCUUCUUCAAUCAGCAGAGGAGGAUAUUAGCUCCUUGCGCCAAGAUCUUAGUGCCUAUGAAGACGUUAUCAGUCGAUCACAUCAAUCGCGCGACGAACAAGAGGGCAGGAUCAGAAAAGCCCAGAAUGUUUCAACAGCUGCCUUAAUAGCACUUCAACACAUACACGGAAUCUCGGAUUCAGAACAUGGGCAAUACACACAGGAAUAUGCCAAGCUUGAAUCUGAACUUCGAGCCUUGAAGAGCGCUUCAGAAGAAACAAUUAACCACCUAACCGCCUUGGCGCAAGGCAAGGAAGAUGCGCUUUCAGGCUUAAAUGUUCGAUAUCAAGAAGCCAUUCGAGACCUGCAAGAG